AGGGGAGAUGGAUGGAGAGAGAGAGAGAAAUGUGGUCGCAAACUUCGAGGAACUCAAAUAUAAUAGCCAGCCACAAGUCCAAAAGUCACCAUCCCACAUGAGGGAGAGACACUGAGCCUCGCGUCAACACCGAACUACACAGACGCUCCCACCGUCUGCGAGUUUCGCGUCGGAGAAACCGAAGCCACUCCUCCAUUCCUCAAGGUAAGGUAACGAAGGAGGGGAGAGAAGAUGGUGGAGAUGGUGGUGACGAUGAAGAGGCAGCCCUCGAAUUCGCAGUGGUGGUGGCUCGACAGCCACCACAACGCCGCCAAGCGUUCGCCGUGGCUUCAGUCCACGCUAUCAGAGCUAGAUGACAAGACGGAAGCGAUGCUGAAGCUGAUUCAGGGAGACGCAGACUCUUUCGCCCAACGAGCGGAGAUGUACUACAAGAAGAGGCCUGAGCUGAUGAGCAUGGUGGAAGAUUUCUACCGCGCGCACUGCCUUUUGGCCGAGCGGUAUGACCAGCUCAAGUCUGAAGGGGGGACUCGCCUCCUGACAACUGUCGGAUCACCAUUUUCCUGUAACAAGUAUCGCAAUGAGAAGUCGAUGUCGGUGAUGGACCAAAACUACGACAGCUACUCGGAGUCCUUUGAGCACGAGGAGAGCACUGAAUCCGAAGUCGAGGAUCCCGAGGAGGAAGAAGUAACUGGACACAGGCGCCCAGAAACCGAAACCACGGGAGACAGGAUUGAACAUAAGCCCUGCCAGAAGAAUGAAACCGUUGUUUCUCACGAAAAGGACCAUGCCUGGCGGGCCCACGAAGAGGCGAAAGAAGGGUCAGGAUCGAGCUGGUUCAGCGAGGACGAAGUGAAGAAGCUGAAGGAAGAGAUAGAGAGGCUCAAGGAAGAGAACAAAAUGCAGAAGGAGAAGCUGGUGCAGAAGGACGAAGAGAAGAGGGAGGUGAUAAGGCAGCUGAGCCUGACUGUGGGAUUGUUGAAGGAUGAUAAUGCGAGGCUCAAAAAGCGCGUUGUUGCCAGAGAAGCCAAGAAGUUUAACCUCUUUGAGUUCGACAAAUUGAAGGGUGGAUUUCUGGGGAUGCUGUUCAAUGGGUCUUCAAAGUCCCUACCCACAGUUGUAGCUCUGUAGAUGGGUAUGUCUUGUAACAUAAUUUACUGUACUAAGUAGUAGAGGAACAUGUACUAAGAGUGCUCUAAAAUCAAGACUUGAAAGCAUAGUUAGGGUGUUAGUCAAAAGGUCGGUUCCUUUUUUCAAUCAUCGGGGUUCCUUUCAUAGGAUCAGGUUGUAAUAUCUAUGUAAUCUUUUACAGCUGUAGCUCAAAUGAUAUGUGACAUGAUUAGGCCAGUCCUAUUAUAUUUUAAGCGGGCAUGUGCUGUUGCAGAUUAAAAUCA